CCGAUGGGAGCAUCUAUCUCUCUGGUAACGUCUGGAAUGGCAUAGUCUCGAAUAUAUCCAAUGAUAACAAGAUAUAUCACACCAAAAAACACUCAAACCCUAGUUGCAAUCUUUUGAUCACACUUGUAAAAUUCCUCUACAAAUCAUUGCUGUAAUCAGUUCUCGAUAUCUCGAUUUGUGAUGGCGCUUAACCCUAAUCUGUACCCUAACGGGAUGCCCGUAGCAUUCGUCAACGAGAUGUUCGUCUUGAUCAGAGACGGUGUCGAGUUUGAGGUUGACAAGAUCGCUGGGGCUUCUGGAGGGACUGUGAAAGCGAAGGGGAAGAUAUAUUUGUCAAAUAUUCGCAUGGUGUUUGUUGCUGAUAAGCCUACAGGGAACUUUAUUGCUUUUGACAUGCCCCUGCUUUAUGUUCAUGGAGAAAAAUUUAACCAACCGAUAUUUCACUGCAACAACAUAUCUGGACUUGUGGAGCCUGUAGUCCCAGAGGGGCAGCCCGCGGCCUUAUACUCCACUCACUCGUUCAAGAUUUUGUUCAAGGAAGGGGGUUGUGGAACAUUUGUGCCAUUGUUCUUUAAUUUGAUAAAAUCUGUGAGACAGUAUAAUCAACAGUUUACUGCUGCUGCUUCUGCUCCUCCUGAUCCUUUAAGAGCAGCAGAAACUCCAGUUGAUGAAAUGAUGAGAUGCGCAUAUGUGGAUCCGAAUGAUCCAACAAGGAUCUUUCUGCAGCAGCCGACUUCAGAUGCACAGCUGAGACGCCGUACAUAUCAUCCUCAAUCUGAGCAAUCCUAAUUUGAAACUUCAUGUGAUCUGCAAGCUACUUCAAAUGAUUACUUGUGUGCAGUUCUAGUUCUGCACAUGAGGUUUAUCUUUCUGUGUAUGUACUUUGUAUUUCAACUUGGUAAGUUGCUGGUGAGACCGACAUGCUUCAUCUAUGAUUUCAACAAUUAAAACUUGUAUAUUUUUACAUCGAAAUAAAUAAAUAAAUGCCUAUAGGUUUCCUUGAUC